AUGUCAACUACUACUACCACCAGCACGGCGACGGCGUUCCAGCCUGAGCAGCAAAGAACCUUUGCUGCCAAGUUUGAGACCAAGGAUCUCGUCACCUUUGACGAGAACAAGGUGUACGGUGAUUGGCGCGACGAAUUCCACAAGAAUGGCUGUGUCGUGAUCAAGAACGUCAUUAGUCCAGAGAGGGCCAAGUACUACGCCGACAAGCAAAUCGAAUGGCUCAAGAAGUUUGAUCUUGGCUUUGACGAGAAUGACUCUUCUACUUGGACUGCGGAUCACCUCCCGGUCAGCUUCAAGGGAGGCAUGUAUUUUGCAUAUGGUUCAACUCACGAGAAGAUGGCAUGGGAGGCGCGCACUGAACCUGCCGUCAUUGAAAUCUUUGAGAAGCUCUGGGAAACUAAAGAGCUCAUCACUUCCUUUGAUGGCAUGAACAUCUCGAUGCCGAAGCGCACGGAUAUCCAGUGGUCUCCAUGGCCUCACUGCGACCAGAACCAGAGACGGAAAGGAAUGCAAGCCGUUCAAGGCCUCCUAAACUACGCACCCAACGGCCCCAAGGACGGCGGCCUCAUGCUGAUGAAGGGCUCCUCGAAGCUCUUUGACGAGUUCUUCUCGCAAAAGCGCGAGGGCUUUGCCCACGAGGACGCGCCGCCGCCCGAGCUCGAGUUCAUGGACCUGUUCCUCUUUAGCGAAAAGGACGUCAAGUGGUUCGAGGAGCGCGGCUGCGAGCUCAUCAAGGUCAACAUGGAGCCCGGCGACUUUGUGCUCUGGGACUCGCGGACCAUGCACUAUGCCAAGUUCCCCGAGGGCGACCAGAUCCGCCACGUGCAGUACAUUUGCAUGACGCCGCGCAAGUUUGCCGAGGCCGACGCCCUCGAGGCCAAGAAGUAUUGCUUUGAAAACUACAUGGGCACCACCCACUGGCCACACUGCAAUGUCCGACUUACAAAGGAAAAGCCCAUGAGAAAUGGUGAGGUUUGCCCAAAGUACAGGACAGAACCUUUUGAGAAGCCCGAGAUUACAGAUACAAUUCUCAAGCUCGCUGGAGUGAAGGCCUACUAG